AAAGAACUUAAUAGGCUUUUUCUAGGAAAAUUUUUUGUUUUUACGUGCAAACAAACAAGAGUUACAAUACCAAUAGCUAAAAAUUCAAAAAAAAUAAAAAAUGAAAAUUCAAACAAAAUCAGAAAAAUGAAACAGGAAAACCCAUCAUUAUUUUUGACCUUAUAAAAAUUUAAAAUAUCUCUAUCGCUUUCGCCAUCUCCACCUGUUGCUGCUUUUUAUAAUACCAUUGAACAAGGGAAACCUAGUAGACCCUCAUCCUCUUCCUGUUCGUCCUUUCCAAUCCUCUUGUUUUGCCCCUUUUUUGGCUGCUAUAUAAAUGUUCGUGUCUCUGUCUAGAAUCUGCACGUUAAGAUCUGCAAUCAGAUGCUUUAAAUCUUUCUGAUUACAGAUAUUGUGAUAUCAACUGAUUUGGCAAUAGAUUUUGGUAGGGUUUGAAUUCUUAAUUUGAUUAAAGACCUGGGAUUGAGCAAUUUUGUUUUUUAUUUGUCGUGCUUUGGUUCUGGUUCUUGAGUCCAAGGAAUGUCGCUGUUGCUAAAAGGCGAUUCUGUCCAGAUUCGAGAGGUGUGGAAUGACAAUCUUGAAGAAGAAUUUGCUCUUAUCCGUGAGAUUGUUGAUGAUUUUCCAUAUAUAGCUAUGGACACGGAGUUCCCAGGCAUUGUGUUGCGCCCUGUGGGCAAUUUUAAGAAUAGCAAUGACUAUCAUUAUCAAACCUUGAAGGAUAAUGUCGAUUUGUUGAAGCUAAUUCAAUUGGGUCUUACGUUUUCAGAUGAGCAAGGGAAUUUACCCACAUGUGGAACUGACAAGUAUUGCAUAUGGCAGUUCAAUUUUCGUGAAUUCAAUGUGAACGAGGAUGUUUUUGCAAAUGAUUCAAUCGAACUUUUGCGCCAAAGUGGGAUUGAUUUUAAGAAGAAUAAUGAGAAGGGUAUUGAUGCGAAGCAAUUCGGUGAGCUCUUGAUGUCAUCAGGGAUUGUGUUGAAUGAUAGUGUGAUCUGGGUGACUUUCCACAGUGGCUAUGAUUUUGGCUAUUUGCUUAAGCUCUUGACAUGCCAGAAUUUGCCUGAUACACAAGUGGGGUUCUUUAACUUGAUCAACUUGUACUUCCCAACCUUAUAUGAUAUCAAGCAUUUGAUGAAGUUUAGCAAUAACCUUCAUGGAGGAUUGAACAAGCUCGCCGAGUUGUUGGAAGUAGAGAGAGUUGGGAUAUGCCAUCAAGCGGGUUCAGAUAGUUUGCUCACAGCUUGUACAUUCAGGAAAUUAAAGGAGAAUUUCUUUAGCGGCUCCUUGGAAAAGUAUGCCGGUGUGUUGUAUGGUUUAGGUGUUGAGAAUGGACAGAAUACUCAUUGAUUAUGAAAAAUUAUAAAAAAAAAAAAAAUUAAAAUUAGAAAGAUGCUCAUUCAAAUGUAUAUGUAUGCUGAACAUCAACAACUUAUGUACACUUUUGUCAUCAAGUUUUCUUAAUUAUGAAUGUUUUCAUAUUUUAAAUA